AUGUCUUUUAUUUCCGCCCUCUCCAACAACCCGCCACAGUUUCACCAUAACUCACGACAACAACAACACUCAACCACCACAGAUGAUUCAGACCUCCAGUUGCGCGUCGCCCAACACGACAAGGCUUUCUCUGCGUCUGUGUUCAACUACUACGAGGAGCUGUUGGGUGACAGUAACUUUACCAUCCACGCCCGCGGUCUUGAGGCAACUAUAUUUUCAUUAGAAGACGUCGGUCGCUUCUGUGUCGGUAUGUCCUCCAACCCCGUACGAGUCCAAAUCUUCAACGACCGGACUAGCUGCGACGACAAUCGCUGGACAACACUCUACGUCUUCACUGCCCACAAGAAGAAAGACGAACACUACGCCCGACGCCCUAUCUGUGUCGGCCACAACGAUAGCCCCGACCGAAGUAUGCUGUUCGCUGACCGAACCGCGUGUACUGCCAAUGGAUGGAGCAACAAAUUUUCGUUUUACGAGUCUGGUUGUGCCCAGGGCGGGGCUAGAGACGACGGGUGUAACUAUGAGUUGACGGUGAUGUGGGAGGCGUUUGAGCCUCACCGUAUGAUGCUCUACCCCCACUAUGACGGUCACCAGCAUGGUUGGCAAGAGGCCUACAGCCUGACUCAUAAGUCUCGGUGGAGACCUGCUACCGUCUCCGAAGUCAAGCUACUCAAGCCCCACCUGCCAACCCACAGCACCCUCCACAAACGUACCGAUAUCCACCCACCCUACGACCUUGCCACGCUUCGCUGUGCCCAAGCUCUCAUCCGGUUAUGGAGCUAUAACCGAGUCUCUAACUCCACUCCAAGAACCAUCCGCGGCGAUAUCGACCCUCAAUUCAGCAUCGACGCAAGGCGGAACGGUUUCACCCCGUUCGCAGACGCGGCGUUCUUGAGAAUCCACUACAAUAAGUAUGGUGGCGCCACAGCAGUCGAUGUCAUGGUCGGCGGCUAUGCUCGCGCAAGCGCCACUCUCCCGUACGAAACCAACCUCUCAGUUUCGGGAGUCCGUCUGGCUCUGCAAGAGAGUCUUCGAUCGGGGCGUCCUGUACCGGUGGUUCCACACGAUGAUCACGAAGCUGGUGAUGUGCUGAUCAGUAUGAUCGACGACUCUAUUGUAGUUUUUGGUGGUACCGCAGUUUUCAGCGUGGUUUAG